AUGAGCCUAUACAACAACAUUGUGGAUCUGAUUAAGAACAAAAAGGAGGUCAUAAAGGAGGAAAAGAAGCAGAGGGCUCUGAGUUGCCAUUAUCGAAAGAGCAGCGUCAAGGGGAGCAACGUCAGGGCGAGCAACGUGAGGGGAAGUAGUGUACGGGUAAGCAGCGUCCAGGGAAGUAGUAUGCAGAGCCCCCCCGAUGGCGAACUCACGCGGAACGCCCUCGUAAAAAGUUUCCUGUCCGCACACAAACAAAUAAAGGAGAUACUGACACUGAAGGAUGUGUCUCCCCAAGCGGCAACGUAUAUCCUCACUGUGGAGCUGGAAAAAAUAGAGAUAUUAAAAAAGUGCGACAAAUGGAAAACGGUGCCUUAUGUGUAUCAGAAAACAGCGGAAGAACUUAUACUCAGGAAAAGAGAGUACUUGAAAAAGCUACAAAAAUGCCAUGCGAAGAAUGGUACGAAUGGUACGAAUGGGACACAGGGGGAGAGUUGCCUUAGUAAAGUUUCCACUACGAAUGGUAGGUCUAGGUCAGUCCAUCACGAUAAGGUGAGGACCUCAGUUCGCUUCAACAACCUCAUCCGUUCGUGCUCGCACAGACAGGUGGGUGCCCGUGAAUUUGUGACAAAUUUUAAGGGCCCAACUGGAGGGGGGGCCCAGGAACAGGGGAAGACACAACAGCAGCAAAAAAGGAGGAAGAGCAGCACCACCACCAAGUCGAACAGGGAAGACGCAACACGGAGUGAACUAACCAGCGAAGUGAGCACCGUUGGCGUCAGUAAGGCAACCCCAUCAGGUGAAGCGACCAGUACCGUGGAACGCAUCGUGAAUUACCGAGGUUGCUUCUAUGAUGGUUCACCCGCUGUCAAUGACCACCCCGAAGUUGUUUACCCCCCGGGGAACUGUUUCUACUAUUACCAGCACGGGGAAGCAGAAGAACCAACCAACGUAGAUGCAUCCAACGUGGGUGCAUCCAACAGUGUUAAGCAUGUCCAAGUGAAGAGAGAAAACCAUGGCGGAGUCGAACCCACCAAGCAGAAUAAUCCCCUGCGUAUGAAGGAGUCAAAAAAAGCAAAACGGACGGAUGAAGAAGAUCAAACGAAAGACGAACUCCUGCAAAGGAAGAGCAAAGGGAACGAACAGAGUUGCCUCUCCAUGCCAUACAAUCACAGUGAGAGAAGUAACAACACGUGUAACUUCCUAAGCAUAGGUAACCUCAUGCCACAAGGAUGUACCAACAGGAGAGAGAUACAAUACGAAUGCUUCAACUUAAAGAGACAGACAUCCUGUGUGAAUUUUAAGAAGACCAUUCCUAACUUUGAGAGACAUACCGUCUCUUCAUUUAUUAAAAAUUUAAGUGCACAGAGGUCUAUUCAAGAGAAGAGGCUCAGUGACAAGGUCAGUAAAAGGGAGGUCGGGAACACCCACAGUGGGAAGAAAUCGCUACUCGGUUCGAAAAGAGAUAUGGCUAGUAGGAGGAGGACUCUAUCCAAUGUGAAGCGUACCAUGUCGGAGGGAAAUGCUUUAACCAAGUCUUCCAAAAGGAAAGUGAUGGAUAAACUUGGGAUGAUGGAUAAGCUGGAAAAAUUAAACAUCCUAAACGAGCUGAAAAGGAUCAAUAGGUUGCCUCAAUCUUCCAAGGGGAAUCUAGGAGGAGAGGAAGAACUCCACAGGGAAGACCUUCUGAAUUGCCACCUCUUCAGUGACCACCUGAACGACGAUGACGACGCGUUCGAGAAGCUCUGGAACACCGUGAUGGAAGAACAAAUCUCCCUCGCAAAAAGGAUGAACUCUGGAAUCAACAACAAAUUUGACCUCUAUCAUAUUGGGGGCCUUAAUGAGAACUACUCCUGGGUGAAGAACCUGAGAAAUUACAGCAACUCGAUGAGCAGAACGAGGCAGAGCUGUUCGAGGGGUAGCAUCAAGGGGGGCAGCCUCAGGGGGGGUGGUUCUAGGACAUCGUUCUCUAAGUCACUGAGCAGGUCGAACAGUAAAGCGAUCCCGAAAAAGAAGAGGACAUCCGUUCGGAAGAGUGUCCCACGUGGGGGAAGCAUCAGUCAGAUCGGUACAACCAAUCAGCUGAACAGAACCCAUCAGCGGAGUAGCGUCGCCCCGAUGGUUAGACCCCCCUCCCCAGCGCUCUCCGAAGACGACCCCACUAACAGCAGCGCCAGCAGCGACGAGGACAAUUACAACCACCACGUGCACGUCAAAAGAGGCCUCUUCUGCACGGACGACCCGCCAAUCAUAGAGGAGAUGAAGGAAGAGAAACACCACCCCAUGCAACACGGUAGAAUAGAUGAGGUAUCCCCCCUAACGAAAGACACAACAAAUUGGCCCGACCCAGGGAAACACUUCCUACAAGCGGAAGACAAAUCUCCUUUGGAAAAAAUGCCCAAAAGAAAAAGUUACACAAAAAUGAAUGAAAAAAUUAUGAACAAGUCAGGUAAAAUAGAACAGACGACUUCCCAAACGAAAGGAUUUUCUCCUCCACGGGUUUACGAAAUAAUUAUUAACGUCCCAAAGAGGGAUAAUGCUGUGGGGUACAUGGAGUCCCAGUUUUAUUCUGCAGAAGAACCAGCUGGCAAUUUGUACACAUCCCAUAGUAAUGAGAAAAUGGAUGACUCUGCUGACCAUGGAAUUCGCCUGACUUGUGCAGGUGAAAAUUGCAACGUUGUAAAAAACGAGUGCACCAAUUUGAAGCUGAAAAGGAGACACGUGUAUAAGAACAACGCCGAUAACUGCGUCGACUACUGCACCGAUAAUCACAACUACCUCACCAACUGGAAGAAAUACGUAAGUAACAAUAUACAGAGGGUGAGCGACUUUGCCAAGGAGAACAACUGUGCAGGGGUAUCUGCGCCUGUCUUCUUUGCUGCAAAGGGGCAGAGCAACCUUUGUGUGGGAUUCAAUUCUGUGGAUGCAAGAAAUGUGCAGGUUGGAACGGCUGAAGGAUUUAACGAUGAGGGCAUUGUGGAUGCCGUGAAGAGUAAGGUAAUUUUAGCAGAUGGGGGGAACAAUCGGAAGGAUUCCCUUGUGAAGGGACCUUUCCAGGGGAAGGACGCGUUGCAGCACUCAGAGGGAGGACUUCCUUUCUUCGAUAACCCCCUCAGCGUUGGUCAUAAUAUUGUGUUGAGUGGGGAAGCAGCCCCGUUGGAAGGGGCACUGCAAAACGUGGGGAAGAACCCCAGUGUAGGACUACCCCUCUCUAAUGUGGACCCACUAAAGUAUACAACUCAGCAGAGUGUAGAAAGUGCAGAUCACAACACAGAUACAGUCGGGGAUGUACUGGAUGCAUACUUAGGGGUCAUGAAGGGAAACGAAUUUAUUCGCCAGUCUAUCUUAAGAAAAGAUGAGAAGAACGGUGCAGUUACUACUACCGUUGUGGGGAAGGGCCAAGAAGUGCUUCACUCAGGGGUGAAGUUUCCCCCGGUUGGUAGUUCAGUAGACAAAGUGGAGAUUCCCCAUGCGGAGAAUUACAACCAAACGAACAGGAGACCCACCACGUGUAGCUUGCCAGUCGCUACCAACCAGACAGAUGAGGUAACCAAAUGGGGAAAGGACAAAGACGCCAUGGUGAUGAUGCCCCCCCCUUUGGUAGAAUCCAACCCAGACAACUACAUACUAGUAAAGAAUGUUAUACCUAUCCCAAAACUCCAGUUAGACAAGAUCCAACAGAGCAAGAAUUUUAACUCCUACGAAGUGUGCUAUGUGAAGGAUUCGCAGGGUGGGUUCAACGAUCCUCACCAUGCAGGUAACCCCGUAACAGAUGUAGAUCCAACAGGGAAAAUGAAUGUUGACAAAGUGACCUGCUUACGUGGGAACCUCUUCGGGGUGGCCAAUCCGACCUGCUUCCCCAUCAUCACCUGCAACAACAUUGCAAUAAAAGGUUCGAUGGACCCCUUCGUCAGCAGAAUGAAUUGCUUUCGUGGCACCGAUCCGAAUGAACCCUCAAAGAAUAACAAUGAAGUAGAUGCAGACAAGGACCUACUGCAUCUGGAAAGUAAGUACGCGCGAAGCCCUAUCGGAGUGCCUCCAAUGGGUGAGAAGAAACAGAUUCAUCUGCCAGACUCCGCAUCGCAGGAGAAGAUUGAAAUGGAUAUCAGGUCCACCACCGUUCACUGUGAUGAGAACAAUUCGAACGAAGAAAAUGGGUUCACAAGACUAAGAACCAACGUUACAGAUGCAACCAACUUCCCUUCCAACAAGACCAAUUUUACGACGGGGGAUCUUCCCGUCAACUCGGGGAAGCCACCUGAUUGGGAUGAUCACCUCCCUCCAGGAGAAAAUAAAAAAACAGGGGCUGCUUCUCCUAACCAGGGGGAGAACAUAUCCCUUCAGCGUGUCCCUUCCGUGACACUAUCUACACCGCACAUGAAUAAGGGGUUCACUAAUGGGUGCCAAAACUUCCGAUGUGACAUGAGCAGUAUCCCUGGUGUCUCGAAGCCAAACUUGAAUUGCAUGCAAGGGGAAGAGUCCCUAGCUGGUCUUCGCUGCAGUGACGUCUCUAUAGGAGUACCCUUAGGCGGGUGUGUAAACGUGUGCGGGUAUGCCAGCCAUGGGGGGCCAACGAGUGAGCAUCCCGUCGGUCAGAAGGGCCGUGAACCCAUCACCAAGGAAUUGUCCUCCAGCGAAGCGCUCUCUAUUCCAGCACAAACGAAUGAACCCAUCAACAGUGAACCCAUCAACAAUGAACCCAUCAACAAUGAACCCAUCAACAAUGAACCCAUCAACAAUGAACCCAUCACCACCGAACCCAUCAAGAAUCAACCCAUUACUACUGAAGAGCACAAGGAGGCACCCCCCAAAAAGUCCUACGCCAACAUGAUUCUGGGCUUUUUCGGCAUAAGAAGAACAAGCGAAAAUGGCAAAGCAGAUCAAGGUGGAGAAAAGAAGAUGGAAGGACCAAACGAAGAAAUAGCAACAGGAUCAAAAAAGGUCCCAACAAAUGUAGUAAAUACUCAGGUGCCUAUUUUCUUUAGGAAGAAAUACCAGAAUGCACGUGCAAGCGAUUGCUACGGGAAGAACCUUGAACGUGGGUGCAUCUCCCUGGGCAGAUCCAACGGGUGCGUCCUUCCCUCCAUGACGAGCUUUGUGGGGAACGCACAGAAGAAGGUUACCACGGUUGGUAACGCAUCCAAUCGGGGGUCCUGUCUAGACAUGUCUGCCAUCGGUAGAAGAAGCUUCUCCACCCACUGCCCUAACAUGAACGGAUUGAAAAACGGGGCAAGGUUGUGUAAUAUAGGGUUCAUUCCGAGGGGCGCUAAACAGGUGAACGGCUAUUACAACACGCGUAAUGGAGUCAUGUGCAGUAGGAUUGCGGAUCUACACGUGAAGCCCAUGAGGUACAUGCCCCAUUCGAGGAGCGGGUCCCAUUGGGGGCAAAACGGUCGACAUGAACCAAACGAACGAGACAGCUUCGACCGUGGUAGUAGAGGAGGCAGACAAGACGGACCAAACGGAUCAGAUGGACCAAACGGAUCACAUGGACCAAACGGACCACCACCCCCAAAGUUCGGAACCAGUGGAGAGGCACCCGAGGGAAGCGCAGCGAAAGGAUGCAUAGAGACGCACGCAGCAAAGAAGAAUUGUCCACCCGUAGUGGGUAACUUUCUAGGGACACUUCCGGGUAGGAGGGAUCAAGUGCCGCAUCCAGGGAAGGACCUCCCCCCCCAGGUGAGUAGCUACAUGAGUAACUACGUCAGUAACUGCAGCCGCGUUGGAAGGAGGGGAGGCAGCUUACACGAAGCGAACGAGAUGGAAGAUGAAGAUGUGGUACAAGAGAAGGUUGCCUACCAAUGUAGCAGUCAGGGUGCCCCUAAAUGGGGAAUUCCCUACAGUGGGACCACGCCAAGUACCUCCAUCCAAAGAUACCAGAGUGAGAAGUAUCUGACCAGAAGAACAAACGAAACUCAACCAGAUAAGUAUGCAAGGGAUAUGUCACAGGGGAAUGCAGUCGACCUCUCCUGCAAAAUGAAGACUUCAGAAAAUCCUCCCCAUGUGAAUAUAACGCACCAGCAAACAUUCCUCAUAAACGGAGCGACUACUCAAAGGACGAUGGGGACUGUUCCUCCUAUGAUGACCCAGUUGGGAAAGAAAGAAACGGGGUUGCCUACUUUUAAUGCACCCAGUGUGGUGCAAUAUAAUAGGGCCGUUCUUAUCGGUGCACCGAGGAUAAGUGCAAAUGGUCUCAUCACCCCAAGUGAGAAGUACAUAAGUAACCUGGCAAGUACACACUGGGACAAGAAACCUCUACAGAUGCGUAACGCACCCGCAGGUCUGAGUGGCACAUCUGAGUAUGUCUACAGGAGUAGGUUAGCAACUGUGCAGGGAGAGAACAAGCAAGAAGUUAAGGAGAAGGAGGGAAGCGUCAUGCAGCAAAGGGAGGUGGUUCCAGGGGGGGCUAAACAGGUAGAGGGGGAGGAGAAGAAAAGAGACACACACGGGGAGAAGGGCUCUGGUGAGGAUUAUUCGAUGCAACCUUGGGGGGGAGAGUCAGACGAAAACGACGCUGAAGAAGAAGAGGCGACUGAGGAGGAAAGUGCUGCUGAUGAGGAGGAAGACGAAGAAGCGUCUGAUGAAGCGUAUGAUGAUGAAGAGGAAGAGGAAAGUGAAGUAGACGUGGAGGAGGAAGAAGACGAAGUGGAAAGUGGAGUGGAAGAAGAAGAGGUCGAAAGCGAGGUGGACGAAGUUGGAAGUGGAGUAGAAGAAGAAGAGGAAGAGACGGAAGAGGAUAGUGUAGAGGAGCAACAGGAUGAAGAAGAAAUGGAGGAAGAUGAAAGUGCUGAGGAUGAAGGAGGGGAAGAAGAAAAAGUCGAAGAAGAAGAAGAGGAGGCAGAGGAAGACGAAGACGAUGACGACAGUGAUGAGGAGGAAGAAGAAGAGGAUGAUCAGGUAGAUGAGGAAGAAAGUGAAGAAGAAGAAGCUGAAGAUGACGAGGAUGAUGAUGAAGAGGAGGAGGAAGAGAUCGAAGAAGAGGUUGACGAGGUGGAAGAAGAGGAGGAAGAAAACGAUGAAGAAGACGAAGAAGUGGUGGAGGAAGAAGUGAACGAGGAGGAAAGUUCAGGGGAUGAGGAAGAGGAAAGUGAAGUAGACGUGGAGGACGAAGAAGGGGAAGACGUUGACGAGGAGGACGAUGAAGAGGAAGAAGAAGAAUUAGACGAAAGAGAAGAGGAAGAAGAGGAAAGUGGAGUAGAUGUGGAGGAAGAUGAGGAAGAAAGUGACGUGGAGGAAGAGGAGGAAGAUGACCUGGCUGGUGACGCCGACGACGAGGCGGACACGGAGGAAUCCCCCCGUGCGUAUAAAAACGUUCCAAGGCAAAACACCUCAGGGCAAGGCGUCCUCCUUCGCAAAAGCACAAAAUGUGUGGAAGAGAACGAGGAAGACGCCAACAGCUACCUGCACGGAAGUGCACACACCAUAAACUCCGAUGCGAUGCGUAGGGAAAGCAACGAAUCGCACACCUUACAGGAGGAGGGAACCUUCAGAUCGUCACCAAGUCAUUCCGAUGAUGAAACGGAAGGACGUGUGUUUUGCGCAAAUAUGUCUGGAAAGCAUCCCAGCGCGGAAAGGUCCUCACGUGAAACCAUGCUACGAAGUGACCUCAGUGGUUACAUAAGCGAACAGCAUAGAGGAACGCACCAAACGUAUGCGGGGGAGAAGCAUUUCCACCCCGGUGCCGGUUUCCCUAAAGAAUACAGGAAGGACAACGCAUGUGAUGCCGACGGGUCAUAUAAGUACUUGGACGAAAUUGCCAAGAAAAUGGAACUAGAAAAAAAAGGCAACGAAGAGCUGAAAAAGAAACUGCAGGAACAGAUACUCAUACAAAGGGGCCUCGUCCGAAUGAAGGAACAGCAACAGGUGUACUUGGAGCUCCUCAAGAAGAACGACGCGCAAAAUUCGAAGGGGAAGGCGCCCGUCCCGCAGUUCGGGCUUCAGUGA